CCACCACCACCUUCCAUCACCUCAAACAUCCCCUCGGUUUUUCUGUGUUAGUGAGUGUGUGUGUCUGAGAGAGAGAUAGAGAGUGUGUGUGUGAGAGAGAGAUAGAGAUGGUGAAGUUGUACUUCGUAGCAGUCUGUGCACUUGUACUUUUUGUGCAAAGCAAUGCAAGAGACAUGCCCACGACCACCCUGAGUGACAAGACUCCCACCACCGUUGAUGUCGCUACUGCCACUGUACCAAGUGGAGGAGCUGGUGUUAAAGACGAGAAGAACUUCAUCGCAUUCGGUGGUGUUGGUGGCUUUGCUGGUGUAGGUGGAGGUGUAAUUCCAACACUUGGUGGUGUUGGUGGGCUCGGCGGUACCGGUGGACUUGGUGGUGCAAGUGGACUUGGCGGUCUUGGCGGUGCAAGUGGUAUUGGUGGUGGUGCAGGUGGCGUCGGUGGUGCUGGGCUUGGUGGUCUUGGCGGCGGUGUUGGCUUAGUUAAAGGUGGUGGAAUCGGAGGCGGUAUCAUAGUUCCUUAAUUGUUUUAGAUUUUACCGUUAUUUUGGAGUGGACGUACGUACCACAUAUUAUUGCAUGUCAGUUUUUACUCUACUUUUCUAGUACGAUGUCAUCCGUUUGUCUUUUUGGCCGUUUAAGUUUAAGGUAUGGUUGUUAGGUGCAGGGUUAUGGGGAGUUGUUACUUGUGGUUUACUUGUUCUACGUCUCUAUUGCGAUUCCAAUAUUUUAUGGUUCUAAUAUUAUGAUUAAUACAUCUAUUUAUCUCUUUUCGUUU